AUGAAGCGUGAGAUCCGCGGCAUCUGUGACUUGGUGUUCGGCUGCUCUCAAGUUCUGGGCGAAAUGCCACAGAAGCCAGAAAAGCCAUUUGCCAUUUGUAAAUGGAAAACGUCUGGCGAGGAUUGGCAGAUGGAUUGCCAAAUUCGCAGCUGUACUCGGAGGGCUAUUAAAAUCAAGAUUUUAUUAGGCAAAGUGCUAAUAAUUUUUAUGUGUUUCUUCAGCAGCAAGGACGGCUAUAGCUACCAGCACAACUACGUGGACCGGGUGCGUUUAGAGGACACCACCGGCGGACACCACCACCAGCAGACCAACCACGACCCUCGGUGUCCCCAGUUGAGAGCCGCCGGCUGGCGACAUACCCACAAAUCCGUUUCGCAUCUCGACUUGGCCACCAGCUGCCAUGAAGCAGCUAGUUCUGGCUUAGGUCGCCAUCCGCACCACCAGUCGCACCAGCACCUGCCGCAGCAGAGCCACAGCCACCACCACCUGCAGCACUCACACUCCCACUCGCACUCGCACCAUCCACACGCCCAGCCCCACUGGACCCAGUGCCGGGUGGGCGUGGCCGGUGGCGGAACCGGAAGCGGGAACGGGCAGCUGAGGAACGCCCGCUCGCUGGACUACACGCAGCUGGAGCGGGAGGAGAACGGCUUGGACAUCGCCGAGUUCUAUUGGCGCUUCGAUGCGGAAGCUCCGCUAGAGCAAGUCGACAGCUACGCGGUUCUUUCAAUUAACGACAAAUUCGAGUCCGCUGAAGCCGCUAGGGAAGCGGGAGAAGCCCCCGAACCAAGCACCACCGUCUCGGCAACCAAGGCAACCACCAACACAACCACUGCAGCCGCCACUCUGCUCGACAUUCUGGGCAGCGAGUCGUGCAGCUUGAGAAGAUCCCGCAGCUUGGCCGUAAUACGUGAGGAGACGUUUAGCGAUUUGCAAAUCGGAUCGGCAAACAGCAGUCGGCGCCGAUCGCAGCUAAUACCCCGUGCUCGGCUGGUAAGCCGUGGCUUUUUCCGUGAAUCGCCCAGGUUGAACGGCAAGGCGAGUCAGACGACCUCCUCGGUGGGUGAGCAGUUGUCGGCGGAUCAGCAGCCGGCGGAUGAGGUCCAAAGCCAGAGAAGUAGCAACCCAGCCACUUGCGAUUCGCAUCAGCUGCAGCACCGCACGCAGCCAGCCCAAAGCCAGCAGCGACAAUCCCGCGAAUCGCGUGACUUUGAUGUCUACUACGAUAAUCUGAAACGCUUGGACGCCUUGGCUCUGGGACUGGGCGAGCCACUGCAUCCUUGGCAUAACGACAAGAGCGAUUUGGAGAGCUUGAACUCGGACUACUUCAAGAACUCCCUGCACCAAAACCACCUGGACCAGCAGCAGCCGUCCUCCCUGGAGCUGGAUGCCCUCGAACAGGUGGCAGUUAGUCUACUGAAGGAGCGCCCGAGGAUCUAUCAGUCCAGGAGACAGCAGCAGCGCAGGAACAAUAGCCACUCCAACUGCCUGCAACGGCAUCUGGACACGGGUGGUGAGUCCUGCCCAGAACACAGCCAGAGUAGCGUAUUCCCCGAGACCACAACCAGCAACUCCGACGACCAAACGGAUAGUCCCUCGCUCUCGGAACAGGAAUACGAUUUGACCCACAUAGAAGAGAUCUAUCACCAGGGCUCAAAGGUGGAGGAAAGCUACGAACUGAUAAGCCUAACCACCACUGCCAGGACACGGUUCGAAAGCAGCGAAGGCGAAGAAGAAGACAUAAAUCAGGAGGAAGAGGAGGAGGCGGUUGCCACGCCGACCGAACCACCAGCCAGCGACAGCGACAGCACUUUGAGGCAAGCCGACAACGAGCAGUUGGACAAGCUAAUAGCCUACGACUCGGUGUACCUCUCCUCCGAGGACAGUUCUGAUUGCACUCUAAUUGGCGAAAGUUGCGAGUCCUUCGAGCAGAGAACUUUCACCAGCUGCGGUGAGAGCGGGGAGUUGGAGACCCGCAGCUUGUUACACAUCUCCAUAGAGGACACGGUUUAUGAGCCGCAGGCUAAGCAGCACAAGAAGGCCAACGACAAGGAGGAACCGGCGGCUCCUCCCCUAGUAGCCACAGCCAAGGUCGAGGCUCAAAUCUUCACACAGGUCCUGAAGGUGGAACACACGCCGAAGCCAAAGAUCCUUUCGGUGGUGGAAAAGCGGAAACUCAAACAGGAGGAAGUACGGCAGCAGCCUCCGGAGCUGAAGCGCCAGGCCACCGACUCGUUCGUCAUUAGCAACCCCAAAUCCAAUCUCGCCGAGAACCAGUUUCACAGCCUGCCAGAUGUUAAUAUCGGAGUGAGCCUCAAGGUCUGCGAGAAUAUAGACAAAGAGCUGAGGUCCUCGUACAACCAGCAGAGGCAGCAGCAGCGGAAGGAAGCCAAGAGGGAGCAGCAGCAGGUGACCCGGGCCGAGACUUACGAUUCCAUCAGACGCUUCGGAAGGGCUCACCAGAAGGCCAGGCAGCGGGAGUACCAGGAACGGGAGAGGGAGCGCGAACGGGAAGCCCAGCAGGAAAAGGAAAAGGAUAAGGAAAGGGAGAGAGAAAAGCCAAAGAUAAACAAGGAAUUCCCCGUGCAGGAGCGACAAAUUGAAGUCAAGGAGGCGUCAAAGACUCGUGACUUAAUCAAAGAAAAAGAGGAGGUGCGCCAGCCAGAGGAAGACGAACCGCUACCACCACCUCCGCCACCUCUGACAGAAGAAUCCUUGCAACAAGAAUCCUUGAAGAAGGUUGAGCCGCUAGAGGAAGAAGAGGAUACUCUAUCCGUUUCAAUAUCGCAACCGGAACAACCAAAGGAGGCGCCCGUCAUCGAGGUGGCCAAUUUCAGCAAGCUAAUCGAGCGUCGUGCCCAGGAAAUCCGUGAACGCCACGAGCAGAACACCGACAAACAAUCGCCACAAGAGUCAUUCCAGAUUAUUGUCACCGACGCCCAGAACAAUAUCAUCCAAAAGGAGGCUAUCCAGGAGGGCCCCAGCAAGGCCAACCCGAAAGGCAGCUCAAACGCCCAAACUUUUAGCCCGACUCAGCGGUCCCUCCGCCGCUCCGUGAGCUCGUCGAGUGGCAAGCCACUGGAGCACCGCAUUCUCAGCUCCGGUUCACAAAUUUACAAAGCCCGGCCCGUCAAGGUUUUGGCAACCUCCGCCUACGGAGACUCGAGCUUCUCGCGCGGGAAGAUGUCGCGUCCUCAGAUACUGCACGUUGUGGAUGGCCGAGGGAGUGGCGCGAAUGGUGGUGGAGCAGGCGGCCCCCUGCGGAGGAGAAGCAGUGCCAGGAGCUUAGCGAGCACAAUUAGUGCCAAUGGCGGGGAAGUGGCAACCGAGUAUCUGCAGAAAGUGGAUGCAGUCCGAUGCUAUUGGAACAAGCUGGCAGGCAAUGAACCGGAAACUUUGAAAGCCGAGCUCCCUGCCAAGGAAAAUCAGGGAGGGAUUCAUUUCCAGCUGGGUGGGGAGACAACCACCAUUCACAGCACAGAGAAGUCCCCGCCAGCAAACAAUGAUUUCUGCAGCAUGAUGCCACCACCGUCAAUAGAGAUUGUGGAACUGGGCGAUGGCUCGCAAAAGGCCACUAUUGUGAAGGCAGCUCCGGAGCAGGACCAGGAGCAGGACGACGACCCAGGGCAGUUCGAUCACAUCCGGUACAAAGUUCUGAAGUCACAGCAGUUGAUAAGGAGCAACAUCCUGGCCACCCGCAACAAAAAGGAGGCCCAGUUCGAUGGCUUGAUUCAGUACCUGCAGGAGUACAGUUUCCAGGAGCUGCUGAGCAACAACAAUGUGGUCAUCGUGGAGCCCGUAAGGACCAAAAUCGAGAGACCCUUGCAGGUGGGAAUCGGCACUGGGUCCUCGGCAACAGCCACUGCUCCGCCAAAGCCACCGAGAGUCGUCAAUGCCACUGGUUCCCAGCCACGAAAGACUCGCCAGAGACAGCUGGGAGGAGCUGCUGCCAAGAGGCACUUCUUCUACCAACCCGUGAGGGUUAACCGCGAACUCUAUGAAGAUGAGCUCCCAGACCCAGAUACCGUGCGCAACGUUCGCCGUUUCUUCGAGCAGAACGUGCUGCCCACUCCCGGCCAGGGACUACUGGUGCAGUCACAGCAAAAGUUCGGAGGAUCCGCAUGCCAACUGAGUCCCAAAAGCCGGAGGGCUAGGGGCUACCGAUACCUGACCAUAGACACCAGCUACGGCAGCGAGGAGCAACCCAAGGGCAUGGAGCUUCUCGAGGAGCACAAGGCCAAGCACUGGGACAACGCCAGUCUGUCCAGUGGCAUUUCCAGCGGAGACCUGAGCUCACCCUGUGGCGAGUACCUUCAUCAAGAGUCUCCGGUAAUGGCCUGCAAGGAUGUUCACGUCCAGGACGUGGUCCGCAGGCACAACAGCAAUGCAGCCAAUGCCAAGGCGAGAGCCAAGUUCGCCAGCCGACGCACCUGGGCAGGUCCCGGAGGACCUGGUGCAAAUGAAUCUCUCUAUCGGCAGAUUUAUGAAAACCAUUUGGGCCUAGCCGAGCAGCAGGAGGAGAACGGAGAGCUUCUGGAGGAGGAGGACGACGAGCAGGAUGACCAGUACGAGGACGAGGUGGAGCAGGAUAUGUGCGACAACUAUUACAUCAGCAAUGACGUGCUGGCCAAGAUAAGGGAGUGCGGCUCAACUGUCACCUACUACGGGGGACAGGUCCUGGAGAAGACCGCAACCACCCACCCUGCGCCGCCCACGAAGGCCACUCAGCCCCAGGCGGUCAACGGAACCCGUUCUCGGAUUCGUCAAAUCGAGUCCUGCAAUGUGUGCCUGCCAAGCGAGAGAUGCCAGCAUCGAUUGCAAUCCAAGCAGUUGACAGCCGAGCAGCAGCAGGACUCCUAUCAAGGCAUCAAGUUCAAGCUGGUCAAGUCCAACAGUUGUAGCAGCCGUCUCGAGUUGGCCGGGACCGGAGGCGAUGAGGUCACACCCGAUUGCGAAGUGGUGCGCAAAAUGGUUCACCACUUCGAGGCGAGCCAAACGGCUGCCGGCGAUGCCCAGCUAACCAUCAACAGCCAGAGCCAGAUAAUGUCGGGAAAAGCGCCCGAGGAGGUCCCGCGACGCCAAGUGACAGUAAAUAAUCACAUCAAUGUGCUCGGGGACGCGACCCUCGAUCUUGAGACGGCUGAAAACUCUGAUGGCCAGAGGCAGGAUAAUGGUUAUGUUGUGGACGAAGAAACUCUGUCAGCGCCCACAUACGAGAGCCAGGCCAUGAACAUACGCCUCGACGUGGCCGACAAUAAAAACCUGCAGCAGGCCACUGCCAACAAAGUUCGCCGCAAUAAAAAUGUGGACUUGGCCUAUACGCUAGUUAAAACAAAUCCUCCCAGGGGCAAGGCCAUCGAAGCCCCGAGCCAGAAAAUUGGAAAACAGCACCGAGAGGUGGAGGAGAACGUCGAGCCCAGAAGUGUCAAGCCGGGAGCCACAUCCUCAACACACAGCAGACCCCAAAUCGUAGUGCCCGUGGAGAUACACCCGCAGGUGAACAAUAACAGUCAGCCCCCGGUGGCUGCCCCCACUCCAGUUGCCACAGUUUCUCCAGUGGCCCCGGAACGCCGUUUGAGCAACGCGAGCAGCAGCAACUCGGUGGUGGACAAGAGCGUAGUCCGUCACUAUGUGGCGAACGACAGAAGCAUCUACGAGCGGCGCAAGUACGACGAGAUAGAGUUCGAGGAGUUCGAGGUUUACGACCCAAGCAAAGAGGUUCCGUCCGAGGAGGGACAGCCGGAGAAGCCAGCCACGGAUGCCGAGCUUUACGACAGCCUGGACGACAAGAUGUAACCGAAACCAAUGCUCAAGUGGGGCGUGGGUUGAGGCAUAAGUGCAUGAAUGGAAAUCAACUCAUUGUUACCAUUGUUACCCGUAUCGUUAGCCUAGUUUAGCUUUACAGGUAAAGCCAAAAGAUUACGCAAUAAACUAUCCAAAGUAUGAA